CCUCUUCGCUAUUCAAUACUGAUUCGACACACAACAACAUGGCGCCUGCUACGGAGGGUCUCACGGAUUUGCAGAGAGACGUUUUUACAAAAAUCAGCAAUAAUGAAGUCUGCGAGCUCAAAACACUGUUGGCGUCGAAUAAACUCAAAAUGGAUUUUGUGGAUGAGAAUGGCAUGAGCCCUCUUCAGCAUGCCUGUUACAAGGGAAACAAGGAGAUUGUGCAGAUGCUCUUGGAUCAGGGUGCGGACGUGAAUGCGUGUCAGCAUGAGCACGCGUAUACUGCUCUUCAUUUCGCCGCUUUAAGCGGAAACGCGGAAUUGUGUCAUCUUUUAAUGUCGCACGGAGCACGCUUGACAGCGACCAACAGUGUGGGCAGAACCGCCGCUCAGAUGGCAGCAUUUGUGGGGAAUCACAAUUGCGUAGCGACUAUCAAUAACUUUAUUCCAAAGGCUGAUAUAGAUUACUACAUUAAGCCUCAGGGUCUGCAGACUGAACCCAUGCUACCACCGCAUCUGGCAGAUUGUUUUCACAAGUUCAUCAUGCAAGUCAAUGUGCACCCUGUACGUGUCUGUAUGAACUUACAAAGAUUCUCCGCUCUUCUGGAAAACGCAGCGAAGAUACAAAAAGUAUUGGAAUCUAUGCGCUACAGAGAAAUGACACGGGGCGCCGACACGAAUGAGGUGAUGGCCUUUAAAUAUCAUUAUCUCAGUUGCGUCGUGGCCGAGGUAUUAAAAUGUCAAAAGCGACAAGAGGCUAUGAAAGCGGAGAAAAGUGAAAAGUCCGACACUGUAGAACUAUUGGUACGAAGGUUCUUGAAGUGCAGCAAAAACGAUGGUCUACCGGAAUAUCAAGAGGCGUUUCUGCGAGAAGCUGUGAGAGAAUUUCCGUUCAGAGAGAGCACAAUUUUUCGCCAAAUGGUCGCUACGUUGGCGAGCACAGACCCGCCGUCCGCCGUUUCGGUAGUCUGUGCCGCGAUCAACGGCCAGCGGGGCUUUUCCGAUAAUGCCCAGACAUGUGUGACCUGCGGCGAAGACAAGGCCACGAAAAAGUGUAGCAAGUGCAAAGCGGUCCAGUAUUGCGACAGAGAAUGCCAGAGAUUGCAUUGGUUCAUGCACAAAAAGGCCUGCGCCAGAUUAGGCCAGUCGCCGGCUAAUAACGGAAAGAUGACGGAUGUAGAUAAGGAACAAAUCAGCAAUGCCGUCGGUUCCAGACUACAAAAUCUAGCUGUUAAAUAAAUGUGUAUCGUGUACAGAUUUAAUGAUGUUAGCAAUCCAUUCGGGGGCGCGUUACAUCUCUAUACCCACGGACGCUUAUUUUCUCCUGUACAUAAUCAUUCGAUGUAGGAUUUGUGGGUCUGUAUUUUAUUUUGUCACAUCUACCGAAGGUAACAAUUCCAUCAUUUUUGCGCACUUAAAAUCGUUGAAAUUGCAUUUUUUUCCCCUUUCUUUUUUCAAUCACGCAUUUAUAUCGUGCACUUUUGACUAUCAAUCCUUGACAAUCAGUUAAGAAACUGAUUAACCAACUGGAAUCAAAACUGAAAUUAUUUACAUAAUUUCUUGAUCAAUGUGCAAAGUACUGUUUUUUUUUUUUUUUUUUUAUUUCUAUACACAACUCCGAGUUGCUACACUUUUGUGAACUGAUGGACUUUUUUUAUAUAUAUACUUCCGUACUGCCUCGUACUUCUCUUGGAUGAUGAAAUCGCCAAACAUUUAUAAGUUACUAUUACUCUUGGUGUGUGCAUGUGCUCAAUAGAACAUGUCUGUUAGUGUUUAGAACUGUGUUGCUCCAAAAGCCUUUAUUAUUGUUUGUCAUUGUCAGAAUAAAAUAUGACUUACUGAUACAA